AACGCUGGCAUCUUAUUAUACGUAUUUCGCAUUAGUGUGAUGACGAACUCGCGUAAACUGGUCUUAAAAAAGCCAAGUAUAUUGACUCUCCUUGACUUGCUGGGAUAUUUUGUGGCGUAGGUAAGGACUUUCAGGAGAUGAUGAUGACGGGACUACGGAUGAGAGUACCGACCGACCUCCGGUGUAUAAAAGGCCCAAACCACUCCAGAGAAAUAGACGCAUUUUUAACCUCAAGAUAAAUCCACCAAAAGAGUUGUCUGACAAGUUUAGUAAAACGCAGUUUAAGAAUAUAUUUACUUAUGAAGCACGUGCUACAGAUACGCACUUUGUGAAUUAAAUAUUUUUGAUACAGAUUUUUAACUUAGAUUUAGUAAUACAAAAUUAAAAUUUAUUUUUUAAAUAUUUAAACAAUAGAAAAUUUUAAAUUUUAAAAAUGAAGAGACAUAGAAAUCUUUAUGAUUUAAGUAUACACUUUACCUUCAUAGUAAUUUUUAUUAUAUUAACAAACCAAGUUUCCGGAAAUCCAUUUCCUCCACCUCAACAGCAACCAAUGCACUCCAGUUCCUGGUUCUUCUCAGGACCACAACUGUUCCAGAAAAAUAUUCCACAACACCAGAUGCCCGGAUUCAGAAGUGUUGGAAACAGCGGAAGCUGUCACCAGAUGAACAUUCCUUGCUCUGGACACACUGAAGAUUCUUGCCUACGAUAUUGCCAUCAGGUAGGAUUUCCAUACGGUUCGUGUCAAGGGACCUGUUGUCUUUGCUCACAUUCGGCGUUGUUAGAUCCACCAAAGGAGCAAAGAAACUCGUCACCACCACUCUUGCCCAAAGAGCAAGUCUCACUUGGGGACGAUUUGCAUACAGCAGAAUCUAGAAAUCCAAUUCAACAUCAGAUCCAUCCAAAUCGGAUUGAAAGUUAUUGGAAAAACAAGAAUAAUGUUGCCAAAGCAAAUGCCAACAAUAAAAACAUCCCACAAAAGAACGUUACACAAUUUCAACCCCCCUCGUCCGUAUGCAGGACAGAAGUAUGCUCGAAAGCAGCCAAACGCCUCCAAUUCAACAUGAACCUAAAGGCGGACCCCUGUACCAAUUUUUACGAGUAUGCUUGUGGUGGUUUCGUGCAAAGAACGCAAAUCCCACCCGACGAGACGGAAGUCACACCGUUCACAAGUCUAAGGAACAAAGUUUCCCUACAACUAAGAACUUUGUUUGAAGAAAAAAUACACCCAAAUGAACCAAAACCGUUUAAAUUGGCCAAAACCUUUUACAAUUCUUGCAUGAAUACAGACUUACUCAAUGUCCUUGGGACCUCUCCCAUGCAAAAGGUCCUUCAUAAAUUCGGAGCUUGGCCAGUUUUGGACCCUUCGCCCAAAUUCUUCUCAAAGGAUCUCUUCACGUGGUCUAAUUAUGCAGUGUGGUUGCGAGAGUUGGGAUUUUCCCAUGACAUUUUUAUCAAGAUUUCUGUAGACCCGGACAUUAAAAAUGUUAAGCGAAGAAUUAUAACGGUAGGGGAACCAACUCUUGGUAUUUCCCGUGAAGUUUUAAUCUCUGGCCUGGCCGACCCCUCCGUCGCCGCUUAUUACAACUACAUGAUUGACACCGCUCUACUUUUCGGAGCCACUUCUAGACCUCUCGUGGAGCAGAAAAUGCUACAAGUUCUCAAUUUUGAAAUUGCUCUUGCUAAAAGAUUCCAUCGACCGGAAGGGACUCGCGCAUCGGCGUACUAUGUGCCCACCACAAUUGCAGAAAUGGAGGCAAAACACCCUUCCACGCCGUGGCUAGAAUUGUUCCAGAGAAUUGUUCCCGUUAAGAUUAACUCGAAUGAAGUUGUCAUCAUAUCAGCUCCUCAUUAUUUAGAUGCAUUCUUUGCCCUGAUUGACUCAGUAGAGACAGAAACUCUUGCCAACUAUGCUGUUUGGAGGCUGGUCUCUUCCUCCAUGGCGUAUUUAAAUACCCCUGCUCGUCAACUCCAACUCAAAUUCUCCGCAGUCACUACGGGUCAAAAACAAAGCCUCCCACGCUGGAAAGAAUGUACAGAUAUCGUGGCGUCGAGCAUGGGCAACGCCGUGGGAGCAAUGUAUAUUCGACGAUAUUUUCCACCCAGUGCAAAAUCCGAGGCAGAUGAAAUGGUUCGAAACAUUCACACUGCUUUCCUUCACAUUUUAGACGAGGUCACGUGGAUGGACGCUGCCACGAAAUCUAAAGCGAAGGAGAAGGCGUUAGGGAUGAGUGUGCACGUUGGCUAUCCGAACGAGCAUUUGAGAGAUGAUACAAUUACUGCGCUUUAUGAAAGGUACGAUUUCAAGGAAGAUGAUUUCUUCGGAAAUGUCCAAAAUUUGGUGGUGGCCGCAAAUAAUUUGGCAUUUGGAAAGUUGAAAGAACCAAUCGGAAAGAAUGACUGGGUGAUUCAUGGAAAAAAUUCUGCAGUGAACGCAUUUUAUCUUCCGUUAGACAACGCCAUUCAAUUUCCUGCUGGAAUUUUGCAAAACCCAUUUUUCGACAGUAGACGCCCUCGAUACAUGAAUUAUGGAGCGGUCGGCUGGAUAGCUGGACAUGAAGUAUCACAUGGAUUUGACGACCAGGGUCAUCAAUUUGAUAAGGAUGGAAAUUACGCCAACUGGUGGGACCCUUUCACCAAAUCAACCUACAUCACUAAGACAAAGUGCAUUAUCAAUCAGUAUGGAAGAUUUAGUCCGGCUGGAUCUGGUUUGAAGCUCAAUGGUAUAAAUUCACAAGGCGAGAAUAUUGCUGACAAUGGGGGAAUAAAACAAGCUUAUCGGGGAUAUCAGUCAUGGGUUAGAAAAAACGAACUGGAAUCGACCAUUCCUGGUUUUGAAGGCUUCACGCCCAACCAACUCUUCUGGAUCUCUGCGGCGAGCAAUUGGUGCAGUGUUCACAGACCUGAGAGGUUACGAAACCACAUUUUAACCGGGGUACACUCGCCCGGAGAGUUUCGGGUCAAAGGAACAUUUGCAAAUAAUAAAGAUUUUGCGAGAGACUGGAACUGUAAGGCUGGAUCUGAUAUGAAUCCGGUCGACAAGUGUGAAGUAUGGUGAUUCUUAAUUCUUAGUCUGAAAACCUAUACACUUAAAUAUUAUUAAAGGAAUACUUUUAAUAGAUUUACUAGAGAUAUAUACAUACUCUACUGAAUAUAUGUUUUUUUAUACAUUAUUAUUAUUUAUAUUUGUAAGCCAGAUAUGGAGUAAAAUUAUAAUUUAUUAACUUUCAAGUAUUAUAGCAAACAGGAUUUAUGUUAAUCACAUUUGAAUACGUAUGUAUGACGUAAGUACGUAAGUUUGUAUAGUAUAAAAUACAUUAAAUAAAAUUUAAUAUUCGAAUUAAUAGGUUCUAAUACCAGAAUUUUUCUCAGUUUUUAUACAUGUCUUUGUACUAUAUUACAAAUCUUUAGUUUGCAGUUCAUAUAGAUAGAAACAUGUACAUAUACACAAUCUGAUGAGUACAUAAAGAUUAAUAAAUUUAAAAUUUAAUUCUA